CAGGAUGAGAGGAGUCAUGUGCAUUUGUAUUGUGUACCCUCUAAUGUAUGUGGUCAGGAUAGAUACUGCAUUGGUCACUGGGAGCAGUGGGAUAAAGGGAUUCAAAGGCAGGUGACAGGUGAUGGGAGACUGGGAAUGGGGGAUGGGCGUGUGAUGGAUCAUUGAAGGGCCCAGACUAAAACCUGCAGACACUUCUAUUGCAGCUAUUAACUCCAUUAAACUAUAUCUGAGCUGGAACUUUGACUCAACUAAUGAAACACCCUUCCUCAUAAAUCCCUGGAAUCCUUCCUCAUAAAUGAUUUAUUCUGGUCAACUCUCCCACCAGACGACAGUAACUGUACUCUGGGGGUCUUAAUAGAAAACCUUUCCUAGGGCAGGUUUACCCGGAUCCAAUAGAACCACAUUUGCGUAUUGUCCCCUCCCCGUUGAACACUUCAUCAAAUGAUCUUCACUUCAUGCAUGACUAGCUAGCUGCGUGCCAGUGGGAAAUGCAAACAUGGAGCAGCACUGAGAGCACAUCGGAGCAGUGAUGUGGCUUUAGAUGAGCUGCUUUGUGAGGAGUUAAGAUGACACUCAGACACACUUCAGAUGAUCACACCACACUUCAUGCUGUGUGUGUGUCCUUGUGUGUGUCUGCGUGCGUGUGUGUGUGUGCGUGUGUAUGUGCGUUGCUAUAGCUGCAGAUGUUGCUGCUCACAGGUGAGUAAUCUUAGAUGAAAGUGCACAUCAGCUUUGACACAGCGUUGUGUGUCUUUUACAAAGUGUGUGUGUGUGUGUGUGUGUAUGUGUGUUUGUGUGUUUGUGAGUGUGUGUGUGUGUGUGUUGAGCCAGAGCGAAUGGCGUUUUUUAUAGAGAGAUUUCGAUAUAUGACAGUUAUCCAGGCAAAUCCUCUUCACACACACACACACACACACACACACACACACACACACACACACACACACACACACACACACACACACACACACACACACACACACACACACACACACAGAUACACAGGAAAUCACUGCUUAGUUUCUCUGAUAUCCCCAGUCAGAUAUUUCUCCUUCCAUGCGUGUCCGUGUUCCAUGGUUAUACACACGUCCUUCAUCACAUGUAGGUUGGUUGUGCGUGCUCACAAACCACAAUGCUUUUCCUUAUGUGUGUGUGUUUCUCUCCUUGUGCACUUUUCCAUGUUUGUGUCUCCGUGUCUUUCUUUUUGUGAGUGUGUGAGUUUCCCUGUAUGUGCAUUUGUGUUUGUGUGUGUGUGUUUGUGUUUGUGUGUGUGCGUGUGUGCGUGCGUGUGUGUGUCCACAGCACAGAAGUGGAUGUAUGGCGGUCUGGACAGUAAUGUGUUCCUGCAGUACCUGGCCUGGGUCACCUACCCUGUGGUGCUCAUCACCUUCUCUGCUGGCUUCACCCAGAUCCUUGCUCCGCAGGCCGUCGGGUCCGGCAUCCCGGAGAUGAAGACCAUCCUUCGGGGUGUGGUGCUGAAGGAAUACCUCACGUUCAAGACCUUUGUGGCCAAAGUCAUCGGCCUCACCUGUGCUUUGGGCAGUGGCAUGCCCUUAGGCAAGGAGGGUCCGUUUGUGCACAUCGCCAGCCUGUGUGCAGCCCUCCUCAGCAGGUUCAUGUCACUGUUUGGUGGAAUCUAUGAGAAUGAGUCGAGAAACAUCGAGAUGCUGGCGGCGGCCUGUGCGGUUGGGGUGGGCUGCUGCUUUGCUGCCCCUAUAGGAGGGGUGCUGUUCAGUAUUGAGGUCACCUCCACCUUCUUUGCGGUGAGGAACUAUUGGAGAGGCUUCUUCGCAGCCACCUUCAGCGCCUUCAUCUUCCGGGUGCUGGCCGUGUGGAACAGAGACGAAGAGACCAUUACAGCCCUUUUCAAAACCCGCUUCCGUCUAGACUUCCCCUUCGACCUCCAGGAGCUGCCUGCCUUCGCUGUCAUCGGCAUUGCCAGUGGUUUUGGCGGGGCUCUCUUUGUCUACCUGAACCGACUCAUCGUGCAGUUCAUCAGAAAGCAGAAGGCGAUCAACAAGUUCCUCAUGAAGAAGCGCCUGCUCUACCCCGCCCUCGUCACUCUGCUGGUGUCCACCUUAACCUUCCCCCCGGGCUUCGGACAGUUCAUGGCCGGCAAGCUGACCCAGAAGGAGGCGCUGGUGACCCUGCUGGACAACAGGACGUGGGCCAAGCAAGGCAUCGCGGAGGACUUUGACUACCUGGGCCACCUGCAGGCCUGGCAGCACCCGCAGGUCAACGUGUUCGUCACACUGGUCCUCUUCAUCGUCAUGAAGUUCUGGAUGUCUGCUUUGGCCACCACCAUCCCCGUCCCCUGUGGCGCCUUCAUGCCCGUCUUUGUCAUCGGGGCGGCAUUCGGUCGUCUGGUGGGAGAGAGCAUGGCGGCCUGGUUCCCCGACGGCAUCCACACGGACGGAGUCAUCUACCCCAUCGUGCCCGGGGGCUACGCAGUCGUUGGUGCGGCCGCUCUGUCGGGGGCUGUCACCCACACGGUGUCCACGGCAGUCAUCGUGUUCGAGCUGACGGGCCAGAUCUCACACAUCCUGCCCGUGAUGAUUGCGGUGAUCCUGGCCAACGCUGUAGCCCAGUCCCUGCAGCCCUCCCUCUACGACUCCAUCAUCCGUAUCAAGAAGUUGCCAUACCUGCCCGAGCUGGGCUGGGGACACCAUGAGAAGUACAACAUCCGCGUGGAGGACAUCAUGGUGAGGGACGUAAGGUACAUCACCCUCAACUGCUGCUACCGGGACCUCCACAACGUCCUGCUCACCGGGAACCUCAAGACCCUCGCACUGGUGGAGUCUGCUGAGUCCAUGAUCCUGCUGGGCUCCAUCGAGCGGGCCCAGCUGCAGGCUCUCCUCUCCCAGCAGCUGGGCCGCGCGCGCCGCAUGGAGUACAUCCGGGAGAACGCCAUGGCCUUCAAGAAGUGCAUGUCUGACCCCGAGUCCCCGCCCCCUCCGCCCCCCGUGGAGGACACCAACAGCCAGCAGCGCCACUCAACCCAGGAGGUCCGCUUCCAGAUCACCACUGAGGAGUCCACUUUGAGUCCCACCCGACCCAUCCCCCAGAAACCCCUCAAACCUGCCCUGAAGAGACCAUCAGUCGUAGACCGCCCCCCCGAGAUCCUCACCGCAAAUAAUGAUAACUCGGGCAUUGCUUUAAAGAACCUGUUUUGUGCCAACCCUGAUGCAGAAGCCGUGGAGUCCAACAACAACAACAUGGAACCGCCCACCUCCCCUGAACACAGGAGGCCCCCCAAACGGGUCCGGAUAUCCGUAGUGGAGCCCCCGCCCCACUUAAAGACUUACUUCUGGGACGACGGGGACACGGAGGACGACAUGACCAUCCGAGAGAUUGCAGAGUGGGAGGAGCAACAGCUUGAUGAACAGGUCAACUUCAGCAACUGCAAGAUCGACCCCGCCCCUUUUCAACUUGUGGAACGUACCUCACUGCAUAAGACCCACACCAUCUUCUCCCUGCUGGGCUUGGACCACGCCUACGUGACCAGCAUCGGACGGCUCAUCGGGGUGGUUUCCCUCAAAGAGCUGCGUAAGGCCAUCGAGGGCUCUGUGACGGUGAAGGGGACAAAGGUGCGCCCCCCGCUGGCCAGUUUCCGGGACAGCGGCACCAGCAGCAGUGAGAACGAGGCCACUGAGCUCCACAAGCUGUGGGACCGCCACAAGAGCAUGUCGCUCCCCCGCGAGCACACCCAGUCCGACUCGGACGAGAAAUCCCAAUGACGGGCCCACUAAGAGGGGGAGAGGGAGCCAGCAUCGACUGCUACCCUUGAAAGCUGCCGACACAAAAGCAGAUAAAAAUGAAUCCUCAGGGUUUGGAUCGAUAUGUAAUUCUGGGAAAUGGAGUCAUCUUUUUUCUGCAGCUUGCCAGAGACCCCCCCCCCCCCCCCCCCCCCCCCCCCCUCCUGUGUCCCCCCUACUCUCUGUGUGUCUCCAUCCCCCUCCUCUGUGGCCCAGGGCCUGUCCCGGUGAGGUAACCAGGGGUCUGGUCCUGACUACAGACACUUGACACUCUUCGGUGGGGGGGAUUGACUACAGCCCAGAUUGUGCCCUGCUCUCCACUGGAGCCACGAGACCCUGCUGGAGAGGACAAGGGAAGACUACGUAGGGAGUGUUAGUGACCAGGGGUGUAUACAGGGUUAGAGUAGAAGUGGGGCGUCGUGGACUCAACUGAGGGAGGCCACCAUCUGACCAGCCUGACGUCUGUCCGUCGGCCUCGUGACCAAACUCUGAAACCGUCCCCCCGUCUGAACAAGUCUUCCAUUUGUGUUGCGAGGACAAACACAGAGUGAGUGUAUGUAUUGAGAGAAUGGACGAGUGUGUGCAUGUAGCAACACGGCUGUUUAUAAUAAGGUUUUUAUUAUUUUGUAAUUCAUUUGAACACGUUUUAGUCUUAUUAUUGUAGUUCUGUUUCACCAACCCGACAGUAGGUAUGGCUGUAAUCUUAGUGGUGUGGCCCCGUCCUGGUUCAGGCGACAAGGGGGGUCCGCCUUCACUUCCAGACCCUUAUUAGUUCCAUCGUGAAGCAGGCUGGUCAAAGGAAACAGCCUUCUCGUGUUAAAGUCUCUCUCAUGUCUGGUUCCAAUGUAUGCAUAUGUACCUCCUACACACAUACACACACAAUCAGAGCUCUUAAGAAGCAUCAUAGAGCAGAGAGAGAGAGAGAGAGAGAGAGAGAGAGAGAGAGAGA